CCGGCAGGGGCGCUGGAGGGCGCUUCGCUGACAGUGGAGGCUCCAGACCCCGGCAGAGCGGAGAGAUGAGAGCAGCGUCCUGAGCACAGCACAUGGCGGUCCCCACCAUGUAUGAGUCGGGGCUUUUCUCUCCGGAGCCGUCGAGCCCCGGCCCGUAUUACGGUGAGUUCUCGGACACCUACUACCAGGAGGAUCGGUGGCAGAAGCUUCGCACGGCCGUCAGGAAGCUGGAAUUUUGGGAGAGUUUCACGGCGGAGCCAAUAGGAAGUGGAUUCUUCUCUAAAGUGUAUAAAGUGUCUCACGGCGCCGGCUCCAAGAGCAUGGUGGUGAAGAUCUAUAAAAACGAGGUGGACGAGGAGGGGAUCGUCCGAGAAAUCUCCCUCCUGCAGAAGCUGUCCCAUCCCAACAUUGUCAGGUAUCUGGGAAUAUGUGUGAAAGACGAGAAACUGUAUCCAAUUCUGGAGUACGUGAAUGGCGGCUGCUUAGAGGAGCUCCUGGCCUGUAAAGAAGUCCACCUGAGCUGGAAAGAGAAGGUGGAGCUGUCAUGUGACAUCAGUCGGGGGAUGGUCUAUCUGCACUCCAAAAAUAUCUAUCACCGUGACCUGAACUCCAAGAAUUGUCUUAUAAGGGUGACCUCACGUGGGAGAGAAGCACUUGUGACGGAUUUUGGUCUGGCCCGAGAGGUGGUGGAGCCGCCACUGAAGAAUGGAGAAAGGAAGUUGUCCCUUGUGGGAUCUGCCUUCUGGAUGGCCCCUGAAAUGUUACGUGGGGAACCGUAUGACCGAAAGGUUGACGUCUUCUCUUUCGGAAUUGUGCUUUGUGAAAUACUCGGUCGAAUUCCUGCCGACCCUGAGAUUCUGCCCAGGACUCGGGACUUUGGUUUGGACGUAGUCGGAUUUCAGGCCUUGGUGAGGGACUGUCCUCCUCCGGUGCUGGAUGUCGCUGCCAGCUGCUGUCGGCUCGAAGCAUUUAAGCGACCGUCAUUCUGUGAGAUUCUGGAUAACCUGGAGGAUGUGGCGGAAACACUGGACUCCCCGUCAGAGCUGCCGGACUCCUCCUGAGGGGCGCGGGUGUCAGCUGUAAAUACUGUACAGACCUCAGGGCCGUGGGAAGAAUCCAGAUAUUUAUUGAACUGUUUUGUAUGUUUUGGAGGGGGGGGGAUUCCUGAAUGGUCACAUGACCCCAUAAUGGCGGCCAUCGGGCUCCUGCUGGGGGGGGAGUGGAUUUAACUUUAAAUAAUAAAUGUUGCUUUGUUAUAAUACCGCAUGAAUUCAGAAUGUGACGCCCGAGGAGGAGCGUGGGGGUUACGUGUUACCCCUGAUGGCGUUAAACCACUGGAAAACAGAUUACUCCACUCACAUCCCAAGCUGCAGGGGACGGCCAUCUUGGCUCUGCAUUUUCCUAGUGUUAUAUGCGGCAUGUCCCCCCAACCCCCCCCCCCUUAAUAUAAUGACACUGCAGACGAUGUGGCCUCCCCCUGUGCACCUCUAUGGUAUAUUCCACCUCGAUCGGGUGCUCCUCCUGCACAUUGUGACGGAGCUGCAGUAACAGAGUGUGGGUGACCACUGAUUGGGGGGGAGGGGACUCUCCUGUCUUUCCUGGCAAGUAUAGGUGAAGCACAGCGAUCGGCGCUAAUCUGUGUGUAGUAACUACGGCGCGGUCGCACCUUCACCCUACUCUCUUCAGUCAGUGCCUUAGUCCCCUCGGGGGCGGGGGGUUAUGAUUUUCCAGGGCGAUGUGUGUAUAUAUAUUUUUUGGCCCCUGCCCUUUACCACCUCCUACGGGUAUUGUUAAAUCGCUAUCAUGCAAUUAUUUAACCCCUUUGGCUCUGUGUAAUAUUUUUGUCUUGCGCUCUUCUGUAUAAACCAUGUUUUCUGUAGUUUUAGGGCCCUCGCCCAUUAAAGCGGGCUCCUGAGA